UUUAAUUCAGAGAAGCUUAGAUUCACUUGGUUGGCACGUGAAGAGAUUAUUCCUACCUCAUUUGAGAAACAUGAUGUAGAGGCAAUGAUUGAGAUCUAUUUAAUUGAAAUAAUGAAAGAAAAUUAUGAACAAGUUAUUCGGCUGACCCCUGCCUCACCCCUAAAUGCAAAAAAGAGA